UUUGGCAGCCCUGAUAUGAAACAAUUGUUUUGACAGUUCUGAGAGGUGCUGCACAAUUGUCAAGUUUGUGUGGUUGUUUGUUGAUUUGUUGCAACAAUGAACUCUGCAAUUAAUAUCGGUGUGGAGGAUAUGACCGCAACUGUGGUCCGUUACGGUCUAUAUUUUUCGGCGAUCUUCCAAAUAAUUUGCUUAAUAGCAUGCAUCUACAAACCGGACUAUGACGGAGACAGGAGCGAGUGGUUAAGGGGGGAUAGCGAUGACGAGAGUUCCGAGCAUAGCACUCCGCAAAAUACUCCUCGAAGACCGCAUCACAGGGUGCGCAAACAAGAGAAGAAGAAGAGGCGAUAGAUAGGUUUGUGUUCAGCUUUUAAAAAGGAAAAGCCCGUUUAUAUUUUAAUCUCAAUUUUAUGUACUGCUGCCUACAUCAAGUAUUUUAUGUAUUUGUAUUAGCAUAUUUAUUUUUUUAAUUAUUAUUUAGCAAAUUACAAUUAAACAAGU